GCAGAUUCUGCACCCCUAACCCUGCAGUCCCUGGCCACCGCUGUGUUUCCGCCAUGGCUUUUUUCCCUGGCACUAUUAUCACUUUCUUCUCGGAAUCAACAUCGGGCGACUCGCCUUCCUCCCGUGACGAGGCGCACCUAGUCCCCUUCCCAGUUAACGACCUCCCCGACGACGUUCUCGCGGUGGUGCUUCGCCUCGUCUCGCGCCGCUCGAUCCACCUCGCCUUGCAGACUGUCAAUCCAGUCUGCAAGCGCUGGAGCCGCCUCCUCCGCCUCGCGCUCGCCCACGUCGCUAUAACGAGGGAAAUUACCCCGACUGGCCUCCUGUCCGCGUUAAGAACGUUUUAUACGAUCUCCCACGUUGAUAUUGCCGAAGAUGUAAUCGUGCCGCCGCUCCAGUCCCCGCUUCUUCAAGACGACUUGGUCCGUCGGAUCGCUGCCACGUGUCCGCAUCUGAAGAGAUUUGCUCUUGCACACCAAUCUCGCGCGGAGGGGCAAGUCUCCCCAGCCGGCCUCUCCGCGCUCUUCCGCGAAUGCCCGCGCCUGGAAUCGCUGCGCCUGCUACCCCUGAGCGCAAUCCCCGCCCUUCCGCCCGCCGUCUCUCUCCUCACUAGCCUCUCCGCGCUUGAAUUGGGGGAGGACGACGCGUGGUGCUGGGGGGAAGGGGGAAAACAGGCACUGGCGGAAGGGGGUGGGGGAGGAAAUGCGGGGGGUUGCUGGGGAAGCAACGAUGAGAAGCGGAUCGAUGGGCGGUGGUCUGAAUCCGGGGGAUUAAGCUAUGGUGCCAUGAUCUUAAGCGCUCGGAUUAAGAGGCAGAGGGAUUCGUCCCUAACCUCUCUGGCUACAAGUGCCUCGCACUUAGAGUCUUUAAGCGCGCUCGCUUACCUAAGAGUCAACAGCUGGUGCUUACAGGCACUUCCGUCGUCCCUUGCCGCGUUGAAGAUGCUUAGCCACUUGGAGGUCAGCUCGGAGAAAGUUUCGGUCCUGCCCGAGGAGAUUUGCGACCUGCCCGUGCUACAAGUGCUCAGGCUGAGGCUGAGGAAAUUGAGCCACCUGCCCGAGAAGUUGGGCAGCUUGGUCAGCCUUCAGCAGCUGCGGCUGAGGGACUGCACAUGUUUGCUGUCGCUGCCCGAUACCUUCGGGCAGCUCAGGCUGAAACUUUUGGAGCUGCAUAACUGUGCAUCUCUCACUGCCCUUCCCCACGACUUUGGAUCGCUCUCACAACUUCAAACUCUUCGGCUGAUCUGGGUGUAUCAUCUUUCCAACCUGCCCGACUCCUUCGGGCAACUCUCAAGCCUUCGUUCUCUUGAGCUAGAGCAGUGCACAGCUCUUCAAGCCCUGCCCGGAACGAUUGAUUUCAGCCGAGAAGGCCAAGUGUGGCUGCCCGCUCUCGAAAAGCUUCGCCUGGUUGGUCUCCGUCACCUGGACACACUCCCACCACUCGGGCAGCUCACAAAACUUCGCAGGCUAACCGUGUCACUCCUGUGGAAACUGGAGGAGCUUCCCCCCUCCCUGUCCCUCCUCUCCAACCUGCAAAUCCUGGUCGUCCAUGGCUGCCCCAUGCUCAAAUCCCUGCCGCCCAAUGUGCCGUCCUCCCUGCCCUCCCUCGCCACCCUCGCCAUCGUCUCCUGCCCCAGUUUUCGCGAGCUCGAAACCUCCUCUGCUGUUUGCGGCAGAGCUAGGGAGGCGUGUGGCGACGGUGGGGACCAGGGCGGGGUGGAUGGUGCAGAGGUGAGGUGUGAGGGGCAGCAGUGUGACAGGGAACGAUGUGACAAUGUGGAGGUGGAUUUGGGGGCAGAGGCUGCAGCUGUGUCCCCAGGAAGGGAUCUGUGUAGCCUGGGAAACCUAGGGCACGGAGAGGUGGGUGGUGGCGGAAGCAGAGAGGCGGAUGGUGCUGCUGGAGCUGGCAGGAGGGGGUGCAUGCAACCAUGUGCAUCAGCAGGUGGCUUCAAAGGUUGCACACCCGGCACAGGUCAAGGCGGGAAGAUGAGCUUAUCGACCUUGUCAAAUUCGAUCCUGUCUUUCUUGCACCCCUCGAGAUCUGCGAGCGGUCAGCCCACUAUCGCCUCUGGGGCUACAACACACCCACACCACUCUUCCAACCACAGCAAGCCUUCGCUCCCUUGUCUCUCAAGUGUGUAUCUCAUUGACACGGGCAUCAAGGCCCUGCCGGGUUCACUGAUGCAGCUGCCGUCUCUUCAGUGUGUGCACCAUUUCAACCACAAAUGGAUGGGCAGUAAGGUUGCUAAGCUUCCCAAGGGAUAUCCUUUUGAGAGGCAGCCUUGUAGAAGUGAUGCCGAUGGGAGGGUGUAUGUCCGAUGUGGAUACAUUGGAGAUCCCUGUGCCUCGUGCUCUUCUGAGAGGGCCAUGACCUACGCAUAGCAUACUUCAAUUAUGAUAUCGUCUUUAUAUUUUUAGUGAGGGAAAUCUAUUCCA